UAGGAGGCAGCAGAGGCUGCCAUACUGUCAGCACCGCCAUAACACACCUGUACUACAUACUCUGAUGUCACCAAUAACAUGAUUUAGAGUCAACACAGAACACGAAAAAGGGGCAAAUCUUACAAAACAAGCUAAUAAAAAAAAAUUCACACUGUUGUGUAACGAACACAUGCGGAAGGUUAACUUUUCAGUCCCAUCACAACAUAAACGCUUUUCGCAGUUAGGUUUCACUCAUUAUGUGAUUAAUAGGCCUUUUUCACAGCAUACAUGUUGACAGGUCAUAACAGAACACGCACAGGUGUAUUUAAUUAUCUUAUGAGGGCUCAGUUCACGUAAGUAACCCAGUGAGCCAGCACACUCAACAGAAACGCUUUGAACGUGGUAAACCUGAAUGGUAUGCAGCCCUUCUUGAUGUGUUUAGGCCCACCUGUAGAUUUUCCACCAUGUUAAAAUGUGUGCUGUGAAAAUGAUUGCUUUCCCAAUGAAGGCUGCUCCUAUUAUUUUCAUUUUAUGAUCGAUUAAUUAUAAGCAAAACAUGAUCAUGUUUGAAGCAUUGUUUUGCCCUUUGCUUAAUAAAUUAAUAUAGCAAGUCAUCAGUAUAGGUUUUGACUAAUUUUCAAUAGAUUAGUCAUUUCAGAACUAGUCUGAAUUGUUUUUGCAGUGUAGAAAUUUGUUGUUAAUGCAUGGAAAUGAAGCGAAACCCCUCAGAAACAAUUACACCUCUAAGAUGCGUUCCUUAUGUUUGAUCUGCUUUGCCCUGCUGGCUCACUGCGUGUCGCUCACAAUCAGAAGUCCUAAAAUCUAACUGUGAGAUAAAAUGGAAAAUAACUUCACAGAGGUAGUUAAAACGUGGUUCCCCUCCCUUGCGCACACUGCACUCUGUGAUAAUUUGUUUUGGGUGUAGCAAAGUAGAAAGGGCUGCCUGAGACAAAUUGCCUUUUUUUUUUCCUCACUUCACUGGGUUUUGUUAGCCGUCCCUCCUCCUUCGAAUAGCCUGUGCGAACGAGGUUAAUGCAUCCAGUAGCUUUGUUUUGCUUGCUGUUGUCUUGGAUGCAGUCGCCUCUGGCUGCGGUUGACAGUUGGAUUCCCUGGGAUGACCCCAACAAUGUCAGGUCAACUGCCUGCUGCAACCUCAAGCCACAAUCACUGGCACACACACACACUUAUAAACACACACUGAGACAGAGCGAGAGCCAAGGCCCUCACCUCAGCCCACGCCAUCUCUUUCAUUGUUUCGCUGUCUGUCACUGUUUCUGUUAUCAAGUCUGUCCACAUAAAACGAUUUACAUUCCAUCUCCAUCCCUCCUAUUGUGGGGUUUCAACUUAAUGUCUCUGAGUGGGCCUCUCUCUAAGUGUUGUGGUCCAUGUUGGUUUCUGUCUGUGCAUCUUGAUCAUCCUCUGUCAUUAGCUGCGGGACAGACUGUGGUCACAGUGCGCAGGGGGUCUGUGGUUACCGUGGGGAUAAACCGCCCAGAGGUGCGUAAUGCGGUGAACCAGGAGACGGCGAGGCGUCUGCUCGAAGACCUGGAGGCCUUCGACAGUGACCCGGACUUGAACGUGGCUGUCCUGCAUGGGAAAGGAGGGAAUUUCUGCGCUGGUUAUGAUCUGAAAGAGCUGGCCAAUCACACAGCCUCCCUCAAAUUGGAGCAAGAUGUCACCAAGGGUCCCGGUCCGCUGGGUCCAUCCCGGUUGGAGCUGUCAAAGCCGCUGAUAGCAGCAGUCAGUGGCUUUGCUGUGGCUGGAGGGCUGGAGCUGGCUCUGCUGGCAGAUCUGAGAGUGGUGGAGGAGAGCGCCAUCAUGGGGGUGUUCUGUCGCAGGUUUGGAGUUCCCCUGAUUGAUGGAGGCACGGUGCGGCUCCCUCGUCUCAUCGGUCUGUCUCGAGCCCUCGACCUGAUUCUGACUGGACGGCCAAUCGGAGCACAGGAGGCUCUCGCCUACGGACUGGCUAACAGAGUUGUUCCUGAUGGCCAAGCUUUACAGGAAGCUCUGCAGCUAGCGGAGCAGAUCAGCUCCUUCCCUCAGCAGUGUCUGCGGGCCGACCGCUCCUCAGCCAUGCACAGCUGCUACGACGCUCCCUCCUUCACGCAGGCCAUGCAGUACGAGGUGGACUACGGACUUCCUGUCAUCCAAUCAGAAUCUGUUGCUGGGGCAACCAGGUUCACCACUGGAGCAGGGAGAGGAGGAAAAUUCUCCUAGAAUUUAGUUUGCAGAGGCCUCGUGAAUUGUGAUUUUCAGGUGAUCUAUUGCAUCUCGCUGCACCCAUUUUGAAGGACAACGGUUACAUUUCAAACAUGCAGUAGAUUUCAGACCCUUCAACAGUGCUGAGCAAACCUAGUCAGUUUCUGUUUAGAAUAUGUUGCUUCCAGUUGAUUUUGUAUUCAGAAAAUGAGAGCUCAUUACCGAACCGUGACCUGUAAGCUAUGCAUCACACUUCCCUCAUUUCAGAAGUAGAUAACAGUGACUCGCAGUUGUGUAAAAUACAAGACCUAAGUUGACUUUUUUUGAAGUAGUGCAACUGCAAAGCCUUUAUUCUGCAAUAUAGUGCACUGUGUAAUGCUCACUUUAUCCCCCCUGUUGUAAUUUUAGCUUUAAUUGUUAUUGUUUAGGUUUGGUGUGACGACUGUGAGCAACACACAUUUUUUACACAUCCAGAUUUUGGAGGCAAUACCACAAAGAUUAAGACACAGAAGUAAAGUUAGUCUAAUGUGUAUUUUAGAGUCACAGUUUGCCUUUGAUGUGCUGCACCCUUUUCCUCCCGACGUUCAGUCCCCAAGCGCCACAUUUCAUGUAGCAGCGUGUACACAGCUGUUUUCAAAUGAAGGCCGUUUGGACUCCGAUGGUUGGGAGGGAAUGCUGCUCCGCAUAAAGUAUAGACUGGGGCUUUAACUUUCAUUUUCUUGAUGCGAAACACACACACACACACACACACACACACACACACACACACACACACACGCACACACAAACAAAGCUCAAGCCAUCUUCUCUAAAACGUUCACCCAAGCUGAUUAAAGCAAACCAGUGUUUUGUUUUUCAUUUGAACAUCAGCCUAUUAGUCAGAUGUUCUUGUUUGUGAAUUAUAAAUAUAUGUGUUG